CAAGGUUAGAAUUCAUUAUACAAGUAAAGAAAUGCGUAAUGUUAGGUUGAAAGGAGAGGGUAAGAGGGGUGGGGAGUUUGUAACUUCUGAAAUCAUUUACUGUAAUUUGAACUAGUCCCCUGCGAGCAGCGUGACGAAGUAUUUGUGUGAUUGCGUAUCGCGGGACUCGGGUCGUUGGAAAGGAACCUUUUGUAAAAGAAAAUAUCAGUAAGUGUUAAACUUUUUAAUCAUAUUUGCAAUCGAAUAUCAUGAAAAAGUAUACAAUAAAGUUUCGAUACUGCCAGCAGUACGAAACUUGGAAGGUGUUUAAAAUAUUACUGGUUAAAAAAGAAUAAAGGAGUUUAUAUUGCAUACGACAGCAAAAUGUUCGUACAUAUAAAAGAACAAACAAUUUAAACGCAUCACUAGCAGUCAUUGACCGUUGAAAAUGUUCAAACGGUCGAGAAGUUUAGUUAUCGAUUGAUAAACUUCGAAAAUUGGAAUUACGUUAUCGAUACGAUAGACGGUUAAGGUACAACAGAAAUGUUUAAAACGAAGACGCGAGUACAUAGAAAGUAGGUAACCAGUUUAGAAUGAUAUUCGAUUGUAAAUGUUUGCAAUUUUAAAAUAAUUAUAUUUUAAGAAUUACUUUCCUCUAUAUAGAUCACGUUUCGCGCAUUGUCAUUCGAACCUUGGAGACAUGCACGAUUACCAAGGUACGUACAAAAUAAUCGAUGCAAUAUUCGCGAUCGAGCGUAAAAGUGCAAAAUUUACGAUUAAUUAAACCUUCAAAAAUUCAUCGAUAUUCAAGCAGCUAUGUUAAUUACUUCUAUCGGUGAUAAUUACAUGAUAAUUUAUUCGUACCAAGUUUACCAGCGAAAACGUAUACUUGAUCAUUUAUGUUAUUUACCUAAAAUUGUAUUAGUCUCAAGGCACUAGAAAAAGAAACAGUAAAAAAUUCAUUUAUAUUUAAGUAAAUUAUUUGAGAUCAACUAGGAAUGUAUCAUCAUAUUUUUGCACUUGAAGUUAAUUCGUUGGCAUUGACACUUUUCUUUCGGCAGAUAAUGCGUGCACGUGCACCGCUAUCAUUGUAUUGUGAAAUACAACUUCGAUUCAGUGUUUAUACAUUUGCAGCUCCAGACUGUCGAUAUGAUGCAAUAUGAUAAGUGAAAUCUUCAUACAGGAAACACUUUUCCCGUCCUUCCAGAAAAACGAUACCGUUUAUAUAAAUAAAUUACAAUUUAUUAGAUAAACUUUGCGUGAAAUUAAAUAUCGAAAAUGCAUACCGCAUUUUAUAGUCUUUUUGUAGGGCCGACCCUGGGCCUAGAUAGACUGGACAGCCGCCUAGGGCCCUCCAAGGUCCAGGGCCCCCAUAAAACGAUUUUGCGUCUAAGAAUGCAAGAAGAGUAAUGUUUAUUUGAAUAUUAAUCGUUGUAAAUGCAAAUCUAAAUUAAUUAUACAAGUUUUAAUGUUAAUUUUAUAAAUUUUAUUUGAGGUACUUUUUUUGAAUGUCAUAUAUGUGAGGGGGCCCUUUUUCGAAACUCGCCUCGAACCCCCGAAAUCUCAGGGCCAGCCCUGUCUUUUUGUGUGUUUUUCUUCUUUGUAAUCAUAAGAGGGAAAGCUAAUUAAAAUAUAAGUAUACUUGUGUAUUCCGAAUGUAAGCUUUCAGGUCGUUCACACUACUCAAAUGAAAUUGUCUCGCUGACGUUAAAGAAUGAAAAUACAUCUACUCCGUAAUUGCGUCACAAGAUUUAUAAACUUCGUCAACCUGUUAUUUCGUGCAGUAGCAUUAAACCGAAGGCAACGCAACCGUGUUACGGUCAGCCAGUAGUGUCUAUAGUCUAGUGUCAUUUACCGUUCAGACAUCGUGUCAGUGACACGUGUUGUACAAAGCAUGGCGUUAGAUAGUCAUGCUGCCGUACUCACGGAUGCUGAUCGUUCGCAUCAAACGACUUCGGAUAAUCGUGAUGAAAGAUCGACACCAGGUGGAUGGACUGUUAUCUUAGUCCUAGCAGGUGUUACAUGUUGUCUAGGUUCAGCUGUACCAGCAGGAUUCAACAUAGGCGUAUUAAACAAUGCAGCCCACUUGGUAGAAUCAUUUUGUAACGAAAGUAUUAAGGAAAGAUAUGACGUGGAUGUUUCUCAAAAUAAUCUAAAAAUAAUCUGGUCAACCGUUGUUUCAAUUUUUCUUAUCGGUGGUGCAAUUGGUUCAUUUCUUGGUAGUUGGUUAGCAGACAGAUAUGGAAGGAAAAGAGCACUAUGUAUUGGAAACGUAUUUGGCAUUGUAGGAGCUGUGAUGUUUUUUUUAAUAAAAAAGUUAAACUCGAUUGAACUUUUAUUAGCAGGUCGAUUAGUUGUAGGUUUUUCUGCAGGUUUUGCAACGUGUGUUGUACCAACGUAUAUGGCAGAAAUUGCCCCCCUUAGGUUGAGAGGUGCUGUUGGAGUUUUAUGUCAGCUAGGGAUUACAUGUGGUGUAUUUCUAGGCCAAAUUGCAGGACUCCAUUCGGUUUUAGGAACUGAAAAUUCUUGGCAUUACAUGUUGGGAGCGUUUGUUCCAUUAUGUUUAUAUGCUUUAGCUCUUACAAGUAUUGCUUUACCAGAGAGUCCUAAAUAUUUAUUUAUAAUUAAAGAACAAAAACAAAGAGCUUUAGAUGAACUUAGUAGGAUACGUAAUAUGGAUAUAAUGCUUUUGCAAGUAGAAAUUGCUAAUCUACAGCAGGAAAUGGAAUCGAAGACAACAGCUGAACCUUGGACAAUUAAACGUAUACUGAAAGAUCCAAGUUUAAAGCUCCCUGUAUUUUUAGUUUGUAUGAUACAGUUUGGACAACAGAUGAGUGGUAUAAACGUUGUAUUUUAUUAUUCUAACUCGAUCUUUCUGGAUGCUGGACUUGGCAUCGCAGGAGCACAGUAUGCUACUCUUGGAACUGGAGUAGCUAACAUUGCCAUGGCAUUGAUUUCUGUACCAGUGAUGUCAUCUUUAAACAGAAGAAGCGUCCUACUCGCCAGUAUUUAUUUAUGCUUUGGAUGCCUCUUACUUUUAUGCAUUUCCAUUUUGUUAAGUCAUGUAGGAUCAUAUAUGCCGUUUAUUUGUACGAUAGCCGUAUUGGCUUAUGUGAUAUUUUAUGGUAUUGGUCUUGGUCCAAUACCAUACUUCAUCGCAUCAGAAUUAUUUGAUGUUGGCCCCGGACCAGUUGCUAUGGCACUCGGUAGUAUCUUUAAUUGGGGUGGAAAUUUCAUGGUAGGCAUGAUGUUCCCAACGGUAGAAAGUAUUAUAGGACCGUACACCUUUUUAAUAUUUGCUGGGGCUCUAUUACUUCUUGCACAAAUGGUUAGGAUAUAUUUACCUGAGACCAGAGGAAGAAAUACGACGGACGUAGCGGCAUCGAUAAAUCAAGGCUUCAGUUCUAGACCAAAUUCAAUACCAAAUUCUAUGGCAAAUGCUAUUCUUGCCGCUUAGAAGAAACAAGUGAUAUAUU